AUGCUUUUGUUUCUCAGGGACUUCUGGAUCGAAAAAACUAUUUACAAACAGGUUUACAACACCGAGCAUUGGAAGGAAGAGCAACAAAUGUCGUUCCAUGGACAGUUGACAAGGAUUGGGCGGGAACUUAAGGACGGGUCGUUUGAGGUGUGUGUGUCGGACUCCAGGCAUUUUAUCGGUGGAGUCCUGGCAAAGGAAUCGAUAGAGAUGUUCCGAAGAGAGAUAGCUUGUGGAAUUGAAGAUAUCCAGGGAUGCUACAUCACAGUUGACAGGUUUCAUUACGAAUAUAGCUUUGAAAGCAAGAAGUUUUUUCUGCGAAUAGAGAAGUUUACAUAUUGCGGAGGAGAAUGCGACACAUACGGAGAUCCGGCAGACAUUAACGAAGUGCACUUUCUAAAGACCUUGUCUAAUUCCCCCUUGUACAUGAGGCCUGUAUGCGAAGAGCUAGUGAUACACAGGGCUAGUAUCGAAGAUAUGUGCGAAGGCAAGGAGGGAGCCUACUUGAUGGAGGUAUUGAGGCAAAACAAUGAUAUUUGCGGAGAUGAGUGCCGUCUAUGUUCAGGCCUCAAGAAAGGGGAUUCGCAGGAAUCUUAUCGGCCUCAAAAACAGAAGGCUAGAAGAUACAAUCCGUUUAUGGAGAGGCCUGAAGAAGAUAUGGAUAUAGAAGCAAGAAGAAAAGAGAUGAAAAAAAUAUAUCUCUCAGAUGGCGUGUAUGUUGAGAAAAAAGCUGAUGAAAGAGAUGUAUCGGGGCCAAAGAAUAGAUAUCUAGAUUUAUGUUCGGACAGCGAAGGAGAAGAGCAUAAAGAUUUAUUGUGA